AUGACUAACGUCAGCCAAAGCGAGAAGAUUGCAUUGGUGGCCAUCUCAUCGGCCAUCACGGCAGCGCUGGUUUACCGGUGGUCCAGUACUCCUGGUAGGAACGUACCAGACGAAGACGAUUUUGUGGCCCAUCAAGGCGAACCGGGCGCACAGCAGCAGAAACAAGGAGAUGGUGACGACCGCCAUUUUCAUGUCCCUUACAUUCAU